AUGCCUCGUCUAAUAACUGUUCGAAAUGUUGUCGUUAUUGUCAAUAUUGUCGUGCUCACUGCGCUCUUCAUUCAUUUGAAGUUCGAGCUCUGGGACCAACGCGCAACUGCAGCUGGAUCCGCCAGUCUGACACACCUACCCGAUGAACUGUACGACGAGCAACAGACCAACGAAUCAUCGCCUACUGUCGAAAAGAAACCACUCAAGGCCAAUGAAGGUGCAAAACUACGUCGUACUGCCAUUGUUGUCGCUAGCCAGCAGUCUGAGAACGCAACGUGGCUAGAGGAAUAUUUCCCAGAGUGGGAGAAGAACAUAUACCGCGUCGACGACCCAAAUGCACCGCUCACGGUACCCAAGAAUAAGGGGCGAGAGAGCAUGGUCUACCUAACCUACAUCAUAGACAACUACGCGUCCCUUCCCGACAACGUACUCUUCAUUCAUCCCAACCGUUAUCAAUGGCACAACGAUGACCCAGAUUACGACGGCCUACCCAUGCUUCGCCAUUUCCAGUUGCCCUAUCUCGAGAAAGAAGGCUAUGUGAAUAUACGCUGCGCAUGGUCGCUGGGCUGUCCGGCCGAGAUCAAGCCGCUUGCGGAAGAAGGCGAGCAUAGGGAGGCUGUACAUGCUGGUGGGGACUAUAAGCAGGCUUUCCAGCACCUGUUUCCUGGAGAGGAGGUUCCUAGCGCAGUGGGCGUGAGCUGUUGCGCGCAAUUUGCUGCGACCAAGGAGAAGAUAAGGGAGAGGAAGAAAGAAGAUUAUGUAAGGUAUCGUGAUUGGAUCAUGGAGACUGGGCUAGGUGAUGCCAUCAGUGGACGCGUCUUUGAAUACUCUUGGCACAUCAUCUUCGGCAAGCCCCCCGUCCACUGCCCUUUCGCCGAGGAGUGCUACUGCAAAGUGUUCGGCUUAUGUGACCUGCAAUGUAAAGACCAAGGAAGUUGCGAAGGACGCUAUAUCCUGCCGCCAUACUCGACUUUGCCCAACGGUUGGCCACUCCGUGGCUGGGAGGGCCAAGCUCGCCAACGAGCUGGUCCUGAAGAGUGA